AUGACAGAGUUCACCCCCUUCGCGCCAAGCAGCAGCAAGAUCAGCAUCCUCGCCGGCAACUUUGUCGACGACCACGGCCGCAUCUUGCACCUCCGCGGCGCCAACGUCGGCUCGGCGUCCAAAGUACCCACCGAACCACGGCCAAAAAUCCACGACCACGCCCAGUCGUCGUACGUCGACCAGCCGUUCCCGCUCGCCGAGGCGCCAGAGCACUGGGCUCGCCUCAAGUCGUGGGGAUUGACAUUCCUCCGAGUAAAUGUUACGUGGGACGCGAUUGAGCAUGCCGGCCCCGGCGAGUACGACAAGGAGUUUCUCGCCUACUUUCGUGCGCUGCUCGAGAGUCUGCGUGGAACAGGGAUUGUCGCAUAUGUCUCUGUCCACCAGGACGUGUGGUCGCGCUACUGCGGCGGGUCCGGCGCACCGGGUUGGACACUCGAGGCGGCCGGCUUCGACCUUAGCGACGACGGCGCCAAGCUCGAGGCGUCGGGCGCGGCCUACGUCGGCGGCGUGCGCGGCCACCGCGUCGAGGGUGAGCGGGGUCUCUGGCCCACGGGCUACACCAAGCUUGCAUGCGCGACGAUGAACACGCUGUUCUGGGGCGGCGAGACGUUUGCGCCCGGCCUCAAGGUCGGCCCCAAGGGCGUCAACAUCCAGUCGUACCUCCAGGACCACUUCCUCGGUGCAUUCGGCGCCCUGAUCGACGCCGUCGGCGACCUCGAAACGGUUAUCGGGUUCGAGAUGAUGAACGAGCCGCACUCGGGAUACAUUGGCCUCAACUCGAUAGACGAGUGGUGCUACGAGACCGACCUCCACCUCGGCCACUUCCCCUCGCCUCUGCAGAGCUUCUCGCUCGGCUCGGGCCACGCGACCGCCGUGCCAAAGUACGUGCGGUCGUUCCCGUACCCCACUCGCGUGCAGCAGCGCGUCAUCGCCAACCCCACCGACGUGGUCGCGUGGUCAUCCUCGGGUCCUACGGGCGGCAAGUGCCCAUGGGAGAAGGAGGGCGUGUGGAAGUGGAGCGCUGAGAAGAAGAUUGCCGUGGCGCUCCAGGAGGACUACUUUGCCAAGGACAGGAAGGGCCGCCGCGUGAACUUCUACCCCGACUUUUACUUCCCCUUCGUCAAGCGCUGGGAGGUGCUGGUGAGCAAGCGGGCGCCAAAGAAGGCGGCACGGUUUGUCGAGCCGCUUCCGAACGAGUACGCACCCGAGUGGCCCGCCGACUCCCGCCCCAAGAACUUUGUGUUCGCGCCGCACUGGUACGACCUGCACACCAUGUUCAACAAGAAGUUUGGCUCGCUGUCGGUCAACGUUCAGGGCCUUGCUCGCGGCAUGAACCCGCUCCGCGCGCUGUACUUUGGCAAGGCGGUCAAGAAGAACUAUGCUCUGCAGAUCAGGAACAUUGUCACCGAGGCUCACAAGCAGCUGGGCGAGGUGCCGAUCGUGUUUGGCGAGUGUGGCAUCCCGAUGGACAUGAACUAUGAGGAGGCCUUCAAGACGGGCGACUUCAAGUGGCACGAGCGCAUGCUCGAUGCACUCAUCUCUGCGCUCGAGUCGAGUCGGGCACACUUUAACCUGUGGGCGUACAACCCGCAAAACCGCGACGACCUCGGCGACCAUUGGAACUCGGAGAACUUUUCGUGGUUCUCGCACGAGCUGCGUGACAGGGAGAUUGCCGCAGGCAAGGCGACAAAGGGGGACCUUGACGCCGGUGCGAGGCUGCUCGACGUCCUUGUGCGCCCGUACGCCAUCGCGACGUCCGGAACUGUCAUGUCGACCUCGUACGAAGUCGCGACCAACCUCUUCACGCACCGUUGGCGCGAAACCCCCGAGGUGCUCUCCAAGGGUACGCCGCCUACUGCCCGUGUCACCGAAAUCUUCCUCCCGAACCGCGUAUACAAGGAGGGCGAGGUCAAGUGGACGCUCACCCGCGGCGGCAAGGGCAAGUUUGACUUUGAGGCGCAGCGCCUGUACGUGUGGUUUGAGGACAGCGUCGACACGGUCUACAAUGCCAAGGGCAAGGAAGCUCACCGUCGGGUCGACAUCUGGGUCAAGGACCCUGUCGAUGAGCGCGGCUGGGGCGUCAUCCUCGUGCUCGUCUUCCUGGCUCUCGUGUGCACGUUUGCACUGUCCAGCGAGAUCAAGCUGUACCUCACGGGCGAGGGCUUUGCGGAACUGAGUUACUGA